GGGCCGCGCGGCGUGGACGGCGGCGGCCGAGGGGCGAGCGGGGCCGGGCCUGGGCAGCCGCGGCGGCGGAGGACCUCGCGCAGCAUCCGCGGGCUCCGGGGCGGGGGCUCCAGCGGCCAGGCCCCCUCCCCGGGGAGGCGGAGCCGGGAACGGCGGCGGCCGAGAAGGAUGCAUCAGAAGCUGCUCAAGAGCGCGCACUACAUCGAGCUGGGCAGCUACCAGUACUGGCCGGUCCUGGUUCCCCGCGGCAUCCGCCUCUACACCUACGAGCAGAUCCCCGUGUCCCUAAAGGACAACCCUUACAUCACCGACGGCUACCGGGCCUACCUGCCCUCCAGGCUGUGUAUCAAAAGCUUGUUUAUUUUAUCUAAUGAGACGGUUAACAUCUGGAGUCAUUUGCUGGGUUUCUUUCUCUUCUUCACCCUGGGGAUCUAUGACAUGACAUCUGUGUUACCUUCUGCAAGUGCAUCCAGAGAAGAUUUUGUGAUUUGCUCUAUUUGUCUUUUCUGCUUCCAGGUUUGUAUGCUUUGCUCUGUGGGCUAUCACCUUUUCUCCUGCCAUAGAUCAGAGAAAACCUGUCGAAGAUGGAUGGCGUUAGACUAUGCAGGAAUUUCUAUUGGAAUACUGGGAUGCUAUGUCUCAGGAGUAUUUUAUGCGUUUUAUUGUAAUAAUUAUUGGCGCCAAGUGUACUUGAUCACAGUGCUGGCUAUGAUCCUGGCAGUAUUCUUUGCACAGAUUCAUCCUAAUUACCUCACACAGCAAUGGCAGAGGCUCCGUUCUAUCAUCUUCUGUUCUGUUUCGGGAUAUGGAGUGAUCCCUACUCUUCAUUGGGUUUGGCUCAAUGGAGGCAUUGGUGCUCCCAUUGUACAGGACUUUGCGCCCCGUGUACUUGUGAUGUAUAUAAUUGCUCUCCUUGCUUUCCUCUUCUACAUUUCCAAAGUGCCAGAACGGUACUUUCCAGGACAACUGAACUACCUCGGAUCAAGCCACCAGAUAUGGCAUGUCCUUGCAGUAGUGAUGUUAUACUGGUGGCAUCAGUCAACAGUGUAUGUCAUGCAGUAUAGACAUAGCAAGCCUUGUCCUGACCAUGUUUCACAUUUGUGAAUUCAGCUUUCUUUGAAUUUAAAACGUGUUUGGUCUCACUGUAGAGAGAAUUAUGUCAUGCAAACAUUGCAGCUGUUUAUGAAAAUGAUAAUUUUAAGAAGGGUUUACUCUCAUUUUUAUCUUUACGAUGAUAUAUAUUUAUUGUAAAUUAGAAAAUGAAUCAGUUGAUUCCUGUCAAACUGUAAACACUUCUCUACAUAUUCACCUUUGUUGACCACCUACUGUGUGCGCAGCACUACUGGUAAAAUUUCUGAGACAUUGUUGGCAUUAAAUAGUAUUUAAUUGCAUAUAAAUCUGAGCCGUGUAAUAACAUAUAUUUAAGUUAUUUGUAUUUUUAGUUAUUAAAAUGAGAUUAAAAGAAUAUUAUCCAGCUACAGAACUGAAGAAGAAAGAUUGGUUUUAAUUUUACUUAUAUGUGAACUGUAAAAGCUGUUUAGCCACACCCUGUUUUAAAAUUAUGUCUAUUUUAAAUUGUCUAUAGUGACUUCCAGGAUUGUAGUUUAACUCACACACCGUUAUCUCCUUCUUUAAAGCCAAUUUCAAAUAGCAAAGUGUAGUGUCUGUUAUUACAUUGAGUGCAAUUCAUUAAGCUGCAUGAAAAAAAUAUGUAUUAUGUAAAUAAAAUAGAUUUACUAAAUAUA